AUGGAUAAUUUUCUUAUUUACGAUGAAAUAUUGAAAAAAGAUUAUUGUACUGUGUAUCGUGGCCGUAUUAAACGUUCAAUUGAUUUUGUUAUGAUUUAUUGUGUAGAAAAAUUUAAGAGACAUGAACUCAGUAAUUUGGUUCGAUUAAUGUAUGAAUUAGAUCAUCCAAACAUAAUGAAAUUUCGAGAAUGGUAUGAGACAACAAAUCAUUUGUGGCUUGUUAUGGAUUUAUGUGAUGGUAUGCCUUUCUUUUACACUCGUGAUUUUUGUAGCUGUUUUUUUAUUUGUUUUUUAUGUGGAUCAUUGAAAACAAUUAUUGUGGCUGAUGGUUCUUUGCCUGAACAAUCAAUUCGUUCAAUUGGUACUGAUAUUUGUCAAGGACUUUAUUAUUUACAUCAACAAGAUAUGUUGUUUUGUGAUCUGAAUCCAGAAAAGGUUGUAUCAGAUGGUUCAAAUAGUUUCAAACUAUCAAAUAUGACAUUAUCAAAAAUAAAAGGUGAAAAUUUACAAUCGAUAUUUGAUGAAACAUAUGAUAAUUAUUUGGAUGAUGUCUAUCGAGGCAAAGAUCGACCAAAAGCACAACCGGAAACUCAUUCUUACACAGCACCAGAAGUACUCAAAGGCGCUGAUCAUUCACAAACAUCUGAUUUAUGGUCAUUGGGAUGUGUUUUAUACGAAAUGUUUUCUGGUCGACAAUUGUUUGAUGAACGUAAUCCAAAAAUAUUAGCUCAAAAAAUACUCAAUGAUCGUUUUGUAUUACCAACAGCAAGAGGUUUAAUUAAGCCAUCAAUUGAAUUUUCAAGUUUAUUACAAGCUCUAUUAAAUAAAGAUCCAUCGAAAAGACUAGAUUGGUAUGGUGUAUUAACACAUCCAUUUUGGACUGGAAAACUUGUACAUUUAAUUCGACCAAAAACAAUAUCAAAUAACAAAAGUUUGACAAGCGAUUUACAAGAUCGACCAUCAACAUCGCGUUUAGCUACUGAUCGUCCAGAAUCAAAUGUUUCAUUUAGUCUAAGUUGUACAAAAACGUCAAUUCAAAUAGUUAAUCCUGUUAAAUUAGAUGAAUCAGAAAUAAAAAUACAUCAACAAGAUAAACAUCAACAACAUCAGACAAUACCAGUUGAGCAAUCAUCAGCAAUUAUUAAUGAUAAUAUAGAUCGUUUAAGAAAAAUACUUUUUUCAAAAUCUGAAUUACAAUUGACACAAAUUGCUGAAAAUCAAAAAAUACAAAAAACAUUACCAUUUAAAUAUGAAACAAAAUUAUUAACAUUUCAAAGUGGAAAAGUUGAAAAUUUGAGUCGUUUAUCAUCUGUUGAAUUACUUGAACAUGUUAAUCUUAUUCGUGUACAAUUAACAUCAAAUCAAAAUCAACAAGAAAAAAAUGCAAAUAUAAUUCGUACAAAAUUAAAUUUAUUAAAUUAUAUAGGUUGUAUGUGUAUUGAACAAACAUUUUUUGCUGAUACACUUAUUAAUAAUGAAUUUCAUAAAGAUUUAUUGACAAUGAUUAAUCAUGGACCAUCAUUAGAAUUGUAA